AUGCAUAAGAAAAAGUCAAGCAAUCAGCUUGACUUGGAAUCUGGAGAGAAGGCGAAUCAACCUCAGACGGAGCAGUAUGGCGUGGGCAUCAACCAACGUGCAAUCUCCUUUGGACCUGACGAGCGCGACCCUAUACGGCGUGGUCGAGUUUCAUCCAAGAAUCGUCGAUCAAUCUCUCGCUCGCGAUCUCGCAGUCAUGCUCGCUCUGCGUCAAACCUCCCGAUCGAAUUCCGGCGGAUGAGUUUUCAGAUUUCGGAAUCCGAGACUCGUGAGAAAAUUGAAGACGAUCUCAAGGGAGCCAAGAAGAGCAAACAGGAAAUCCCGGACGACUCACACUACUUUGAGGGCCUUGAUUUCCACCGACAGACUGUCGGUACUCUCUGUAGUCAUUUCGAGAGCACUCCACAAGGUCUGUCUCCAGUGGAGUCGGCGGCCCGUUUGAGUCGCAAUGGAAAGAACACACUGCCUCACGUUCGACCAAACUAUGUCAAGAGAAUUCUGAAAUAUAUCUUUGGAGGGUUCUGCUCUAUUCUUUGGAUCGGUGUCAUUAUCUUCUUCAUUUGCUGGCGUCCUCUAGGUGACCCAGACCCUCAACCAUACAAUCUUGGACUUGGAAUUCUUGUCUUGAUUGUGAUUUUUCUGCAAGCCUCCUUCUCGGCAUUCCAGGACUGGUCAACUGCCAGAACCAUGAAGGCUAUCCUGGAUCUGGUCCCGACUGAGGCCACCGUUAUUCGAUCAGGAGAGCCUAUUCGAAUCCCCUCGACUGAUGUAGUGGUGGGAGACAUUGUCAAACUCAGCAUGGGCAAUAAGGUCCCCGCAGACCUUCGUCUCAUUGAUACUUCCGGUGAUACUCGUUUUGACAGGUCAAUGCUCACUGGAGAGUCCGAGGAAGUCGACGGAGCCACUGAAAUGACAGACAAUAAUUUCCUGGAAAGCCGCAAUGUUGCCUUGAUGGGGACAAUGGUCACUAACGGAAGUGCCACGGGACUGGUAGUCCUAACGGGCAAAGAAACCGUCAUGGGCCAUAUUACUGUUUCUUCAACUUCCGUAAAGGAGCAGCCGACCCUUAUCCAGCGUGAAAUCACCCGAUUUGUCAAGAUCAUCGUGUGUCUUACUGUCUUCCUUGCCGCUCUUCUUCUUUUCACUUGGGUUGGAUGGCUCCGAGUUCAUCACUUCGAGUACAUGAAUGUCAUUGAUAUGCUUGACGAUGUCAUGGGCUGCGUUGUUGCAUUCAUCCCGGAAGGAGUGCCCGUUGGAGUUGCCCUCACACUUAUGAUGGUUGCCAAACGGAUGAAAAACAACAAUAUUCUGCCCAAAGGCCUUUCCACAGUGGAAACACUGGGAUGUGUCAAUGUUAUUUGCUCCGAUAAAACCGGUACUUUGACUGAGAACCGGAUGAGUGUGACUACUACGGCUUUUGCGGAUAAGCUAUACCUCUCCAACGAGGCUUUCUCUGCAAUCAAAGAAAAUAAUAUCGCUCCGUUGACCAAUCUUCACAAAGCGGCUGCUCUCUGUAACGACGCCAUUUUUGACCCUUCUACCAUUCAGGAUCCAAUCAAUAUACGAAAGGUUCUGGGUAACCCAACUGAUGGCGCUGUGCUUCAAUUCGCGGAAGAGGCCCAGCCAGGGUGCAUCAAAAAUCUAAACGAGAGAUACCAGCGAGUAUUCAGCAUUCCAUUCAACUCCAAGAAUAAAUGGAUGCUCACGUUACACAAGACUCCUGGUUUCGAGGAGAAUACCGGAAGCUACUUGCUCUUGAUGAAAGGCGCAUCGGAUAUUCUCCUCCCACACUGCAGCUCCUAUUGGUCUUGCGCUAAAAACAGUGUUCAACCCCUGGAUAUAGAUUUCAGGAAGAUGCUUUCGGAGAUACAAGAGAACAUGUCACGGAACGCUCAGCGGGUUAUCGUCUUAUGUGAACGACAUUAUACCCCCGCCCAGCCGCUGGGAACCAACGCCUUCAGCGACGAGAUCCAAAGCCAGGGAAUCGCCGAACUCACCCUGAUUGGAAUGUUCGGAAUUAUCGACCCUCCUCGGAAAGAAGCAGCAGCCACAGUCGCUUCCUGCAGACGCGCGGGAGCCAAAUUUUUCAUGGUUACUGGCGAUCUCGGCCUCACUGGUGCUGCUAUCGCUCGUGACAUUGGAAUCUUUACGGGAAACGCCGCACCAGACACAUUCGAAACCAUUGUGCAGCGUCGCGAGUGCAACACGAGUAGGUCUUCGACGGGUACAUAUUCGAGUUCAUCGCAGACAAGCUUGCUCCUUGAGGGGCCAUCAAUUUCACAACUAACUGAUGAGGACUGGGACUUUGUUUGUGGAUACCAAGAGAUUGUGUUUGGUCGAACCAUGCCCGAUCAGAAGCUUCGCAUCGUCAAUGAGCUUCGCGCACGCGAUUAUGUGGUCGCGGUCACUGGCGACGGUGUGAAUGAUGCACCCGCUCUCAGGGCUGCGGACGUCGGCGUGGCAGUCGUCACUGGUAGUGAUGUGGCCCUUGAAGCUGCAGAUUUGAUCCUAAUGGAUAAAUUUGACUCAAUCAUCGAGGCAAUCCGUCUUGGGCGAUUGGUGUUUCAGAAUCUCCAAAAGGUUAUUAGCUACCUUCUGCCUGCAGGCUCGUGGUCAGAGAUUUGGCCCGUCCUACUCAAUGUUUUUUUUGGUGUUCCUCUCCCAUUGUCAUCAUUCUUAAUGAUUAUUAUCUGUGUUUUCACCGAUCUCUUCUGUUCUCUCGCUCUCAUUAUGGAGCAAGAGGAGUUUGAAUUGCUUGACCUGCCCCCUCGAAAUCACAAGCGGGACCAUUUGAUCAACCUCAAGGUCUACAUUCAGAGCUAUCUUUUCAUGGGGGUUAUGCAGACAGUCUGUGCACACUCCAUGUUCUUUCUAUACUACUGGAGAUAUGCUGGUAUCCCGGCAAGCGCGUUGUUCUUCGCAUUCGAAAAGUACUCCGACGGCUUCUACGGUUACACUGAGGAUGAGCUUACUCAGUUCAACAUUGUUGGCCAAAGUGUGUAUUUCAUUUGCCUGCUCAUCCUUCAGUGGGGCAAUAUUCUUAGUGUGAGAAACAAGCGACUGUCAAUCUUACAGGCUGACCCGAUUCGGAAGAAGCGCCGCAAUCCCUGGCUUCUGGCCAGCAUGGUGGUCAGUCUUUCUAUCGCCAUCUUUGUGACGGAAGAGCCGGGCCUUCAGCAAAUUUUUGAGACAGGUUCAGUGCCAUUGGAAUUCUGGUUCUUGCCAAUUCCCCUUGCAGUCGGAGUACUUUGCAUGGAUGAGCUUCGCAAACUUGCUGUGCGGCUUUGGCCAAAAGGACCCAUUGCACGGUUGGCUUGGUAG